AUGAUAAGAAUUCAAUAACUGGGAUAGCAAUUUAAUGCAACCAAGUCAACAUUGACAAUAUAAGAUUCAAGAUCAGGAAAGAAAUAUGAGAUUCCCAUUUCUAAUAAUUUUAUUAAGGCUAGUGAUCUUGAGAAGAUAAAAGAUGAAAAUGGUUCAAUCAUUCGUUCUUAUGAUCCUGGUUAUAUGAAUACUGUUAAUUGCGUAUAUUUUGCAUUCAUAAAAGACAUCCAAAAUUAGUUUCAUUGAUGGAGACAAUGGCAUACUUGAAUAUCGAGGUUAUCCCAUUGAACAAUUAGCUGAAAAAAGUACUUAUUUAGAAGUAGCCUUUUUACUUAUUUAUGGUGAAUUACCAACUCCAUUGCAAUAUGAUAAAUGGUGUAAAAAGUAUGCAAUUAUUUAUUAUUUAAUUUCAGAAUCUAAACUCAUACAUUUGUCCAUUAAGAUCUUUAUGGACUCUUGUCUCAAUUUAGAUAUGAUGCACAUCCUAUGGGAAUGGUUAUUAGUUCACUUUCAGCUGUUAGUACUCUACAUCCAGAAGCCAAUCCAGCUUUAUCAGGAUAAAAUAUCUAUGCUGUAUUAUUUAAUCUUUAAAAUAGGAUUAAAAAUCUAGGAACAAAUAAAUUCAUAGAAUGAUUGGAUCUAUUACAACCAUAACAGCACUUGCAUAUAGAAAUAGAAUUGGAAGACAACCUAAUCAACCUCAUUAAUAAUUAGGAUAUGUUGAUAAUUUCUUAUAUAUGAUGGAUAGACUUAAUGAAUCUAAUUAUACUCCACAUCCAACUAUUACAAAAGUUUUAGACAUUUUAUUCAUUUUACAUGCUGAACAUGAAUUGAAUUGUUCAACUUCUGCAGUUAGACAUCUUACAUCAAGUGGUGUAGAUAUCUAUACAGCUAUUGCUGGAGCUGCUGCUGCACUUUAUGGUCCUAAACAUGGUGGUGCCAAUGAAGCAGUUUUAAGAAUGCUUGAAAAAAUUGGAUCUAAAUAAAAUAUUCCAUAAUUUAUAGAAAAUGUAAAAAAUAAGAAAGCUCUACUCUUUGGAUUUGGACAUAGAGUUUAUAAAUCAUAUGAUCCAAGAGCAAAAAUUGUUAAAUAAUUAGCUUACUAAGUUUUUGAUUUGGUUGGUAAAGAUCCUUUAAUUGAAAUUGCAUUAGAAUUAGAAAAUAUUGCCUUAAAUGAUAAGUAUUUUAAAGAUAGAUCACUCUAUCCUAAUGUUGAUUUUUAUACUGGAAUUAUUUAUAAAGUAAUUCAUAAAUUUAUAUUUUAUAGGCUCUUGGAUUUCCUACUGAUAUGUUUCCUUUGUUAUUUGCUAUUCCAAGAAUUUCUGGAUGGUUAGCUCAUUGGUGUGAAUUCCUUGAUGAUCCUGAAAAUAAAAUUGUUAGACCAAGAUAAAAUUAUUAAGGAUAUAAAACAAGAGAUUAUGUUCCUAUUGAUUAAAGAAAAUAAACAGAUGCUUAUAUUCAUGCACCAUCAACAUCCUUUUCAACAAGAAGAAAUGUUUCUGUUAAAAAAUGA